CAUUUUCUUUUUUUGUUUUUGUACCAUAUCACGACAGUACAUUUUAUAUCGUCAAAGAGAACUCAAGAGCUUCCAGAUUUUUUAACUAUUGUGCUUUUUUGACGUAUUACAAAUUCAAUAAAAUGAAACAAAAGCAGAUUAAAAUAAAUCCCAAAGCUAAAACGCCUUUUAAGCAGACAAAAAAGGAAGUAGUUAAAAAAAUAAUUAGGCACAAGGGUGAAGCCAACGAUUCUGAAGAUGAGAAUGUGACCGUAGGUGCAGUUAUGCAAACUAAGAGACCAGCUAAGAAAGUAGUUGGAAAAGCUAUUAACCAGAAGAAAGAAGAGAGUGGUCCUAUUUCUGAAGACAAAAAUAUGAAAGUAGCGCCAGUAACUAAGAAAAUGAUUGGAAAAGUUGUCAAAAAAGAGAUAAAGAAGAAUGAACGAGUCGAAGCAAGCGAUUCUGACGCCGCAGAGGACAAAGAAGAUGAAGAUAAUGUGUCCGAGGACGACAGCGUGGUAAUAGAAGCGACUAAUCGUCUAGAGAGUGAAGAUGACGACAGUAAUGAUGAUGACCAAGAAAUAGGAAGCGACGAUGACGUUGGAAAUGGGAAAUAUGUCGAAGAAGAAUCCGAUGAAAAUGAUGAUGAUGAUGAUGAAGAAGACGACGAUGAUCAGGAAAACGAUAACAACGAAGCUCCCAUCGAAAUUCCUAUAGAAAAAGGAUGCCAUAAAACACCACAGCCUUAUUCCUUAGAAAAGUUGCCUGGAUUUAUGGAAGAAUAUAAAGUGGAAGAAGAGUCUGAACCUGAGGGUGCUAGGUGCCAUGCUGACAAAACUAUUAACAUUAGGAAUUCAGCUAUUUCGAUCAAAAAGGAGGAGGAGGAAGAAGAGCCUUCGGAAUUGCGAAAAAAUAUUUCGCAUAUAAUUGUUGAAGGAAUACAAACUUAUACGAAUCAAAAUGAUCUUAAAGAACAUUUUGCCAAUUGUGGAAAAAUUGGAAGUAUUAAAUUGAUUAAAAGCGAAAAUAUAUCAUGUGCUCACAUUUUCUUCAGGAGUCCAUUCUCCGCAUCUAGAGCUUUGAAGUUAGACAAAUCGAUUCUAAACGGCCAAACUAUAACUAUCAAGCCAGAAAAGACAAAAUAUGUUUUCAAUCCUAAAAAUAGCAUAUCCAUAAUAAAUUGCAGGAAGUUAACGACGCUAGACAUUGCCACACUUGAGAGAAUAUUCGCUAAAUGUGGUUCAAUUGAUGAAAUACAUGUAUUGUGCAUGCCAAAUAUACUGGCGUUUAUUACCUUUGAAAAUGAAGAAGGGAUAGAAAAUGCCUUGAGAUUAAAUGGUAAAACAGAGGAAGGUCUUCAAUUGAAAAUUGAACUUUGUAAAAAAAGAACUAUAAACAAACGGUCAUUGAAUGACAUCGAACAAAAUGCUACGCGUUCUAUAAGCAUUAUAAACCGCGAGCAUUUGGAGUCUGUAGAUCCGGCUAAACUUGAGGCAAUAUUCAGUAAAUGUGGUACAAUUGAUAAAAUGCGUGUAGUGUGCGGAAAAAACAUUUUGGCGUUUAUUACAUUCAUAGAUGAGGAAUCGGUAGACAAUGCUUUGGAAUUAAACAGUAAAACCGUGGAAGGUCUUAAAUUACAAAUUGAAAAAUAUAAAAAAUUAGAAUUGCAUCGCCCGGAUCCAGAUCUAAAACCCAAAAAAUCAUAUUCAGUGCUUGUACAACAUCUGAAUAGAGAUGUCACUGUUCCGGAUCUAUAUAAAUUGUUCUCACAAUGUGGCGAAGUAAGUGGCGUUCAGUUGAAAACUGGUGAAGCCAUUGUAAAUUUUAAAACUGCAGAUGCAUUUUGUAAAUCGUUUUUACUUCAUGACACCAUGCUGAAAAACCGAGAAAUCUAUUUGCAACCAUAUACAGAGAAAAAAGUAUUUUUGAAAAAUAAAGAAUUGAGGCAUGGUAAGCGGCCAUUUACAUCCCAUUUUCCAUCGAGUAACGGAGCUCCGAAACGUAUCAAAAGCGAGAAAUAGGCCAGAGAUAAUCCAACUUUUAUAAUCUUAAAUGUAAUAAAACUAUUUUCAAUAACAACA